UUUCAGGCCUCCGUCUUCUUCGCUGCAAACCGCCGUGUAAUUCCUCCGCCACCACCGCCGUGAUUCUACAAAACUGGCAACCUUGAACGCCGCCACCACCUUUAUUCGUUAAAAAAAAUUAUACGAGAUCCAUAGCCACCGCCCUCCGCCACCACGAACGACGAACGACUGCCAAUGGCGAGAGUGCUGGCGGUGGAACAACUCAACCAGCUACGUGACAUUUUCGCCAGAUUCGACAUGGAUUCCGAUGGAUCUCUCACGUACCUUGAACUGGCGGCCCUCCUCCGGUCUCUGGGCCUAAAACUCUCCGGAGAUCAGAUCUAUAUACUCUUCCAUAAUAUGGAUUCCAAUGGCAAUGGUGCGAUUGAAUUCGAAGAACUCGUAGGGGCUAUGUCGAUUGAUGUGAAAACCGAAGAGAUCCUUAUCAAUCAACGACAACUUCAUGAGGCGUUCCGAUGGUUCGAUCGAGAAGGAAAUGGAUUCAUCACUCCUGCACAGCUGGCGAAAUCAAUGGCUAAGCUCGGUCAGCCAUUGACGUACCGUGAGCUCACCGCGAUGCUUGAAGAAGCCGAUAUCGACGGCGAUGGUGUCAUUAAUUUUAGGGAAUUCACGAGAGUAAUGGCGAAAUCGGCAGCUGAUAUCUUUGGAAUUCAAGUUUCAUGACCAGGGCCUCUUUUUAGGUCUUAAAGAAUUUAAGUGGAGGACAUCAUGACAUUCUGUUCAUAAUUUAACGUUGAUGAGGAAGUUAUUUGGUGAAUCUGCUGCUUUGUGAUUGGGAUGUUAUAAAUGGUUAUCAGGGUUGCCAGUUUCUGUAUAGGUCUGACAAGUACGUCAGACAUUUUAAGUCGGGGAAUUCGUGACAUCUCGUCCCACAUCAAUUGUGAAUAAUCAUUUGUGAAUAAGUCUUUUAU